CAGGAACACUCAUCAAUAAUUCGAAUAACAAGCAUCUUACGGAUAUAGUCCAAUGGCAAAAAAGAAGGCGAAAAAAGACAGCGUUGGAAGAACGAGCCAACCGCCGAAACCGGCGGUGGCCCCUCCGGAUGACACAAACCAACCUCCAAAGGGAGCGGGAUACCUAACCGUUGUGAUGAAAGCCGUGGUUCUCCUCCUUCUGACGUACGGCAUGGCGGUGUACAAAGUUUCUCCAAGCACCGGAAGGAACCUCGAAGCGACGGCUGAAUCUUCCGAGAAGGAAACCCUGGCAUCCGCUCCCCCCACCGCGACACCGCAAUCCGAGUCCUGCGACCAUCGGUUUCGGUCCCUCUUGCCCAUGGCUGCCGAUGCCAAAGCCAGGUCGCUCCCGCUCAUGCUGCACCGGAACGGAGAACCCGAAGCCUGCGGAGAGUCGACGGUGGGCGAGUUCCUGGAGGAACUCUUGAAAAACUUCAGGGCCUACGGAUGCAAACCCCAACUCGACAAGUAUCGAUUCGAGGCAAUGCUGACCGCGACCCUCCACAGAAUCAUGGCGAAGAACAACGCCUGCCACUCCAUGGAAACCUACGGCGACCAAACCAAGGGGCUGCUCGGCUACUGUGACUCGGGGGAGGACCACACUCCGAUCCUCUUGGACCACGACAAGCUGGUUCCGCUGGGUUCAAAGGACGGGUCUACGUCGCUGCCCUGCCACUUCCACACCCGGGAGGGCCUCCGCGUGACGCAGGCCAAGUGGUUCUCCGAUUUGGUCCGGGCCGCCUCUUCCGGCGAGAACAAGUGCGAGGGCGACAACGCCACGCAGACCUGCACCGCUACCCCGCGCGAAGCCCACCUCUACGCCGUUCCCGCGGGACGCGUCUUUAUGUUUGCCCCCAGCCACGUGGGGGAGAUCUUCCACCUGCCGCACGUGACCGGGGCCAGCAGCAAGGCGAUCUAUCUGGAGGUCCUUUCGCUCAAACCCCGGGUCUUUGACGUCUUCAACUUUUUCAGCCGCGCCGAAAGCAAGGAGCUCGUGGACCGGGCCAUUGCCGAGACGUCGGCGUCGCACCGGAUCAAGAGGAGCACCACGGGGGCCGGCGCCGCAUCGCUCAACUCGAAGCGGACCUCCGAGAGCGGAUUCGACACGCACGGGAAAACAGCGCUCACGAUCAAACGGUGCGUUCUGGCUUGCGCUCUGUUGUGUUGUCUUUUGUUGUGCUCUGCUCUGCUCUGCUGCAUUUGUGGAACUCCGGUGCAUAGAACGGAGCAGAAAAGACGAGUGCAUGGUGGUCCGUUUGAGCAACCCUCGAUGUGCUAAACCAAAAUUCUGGUAUCUUUUGCUUUCUGUCUCUUCCCUACACAGGCGCUGCUUUUCGGCACUAGGCUUUGACGAAUACGAGGAUGGCUUCAGCGAUGGCUUGCAGAUCUUGCGGUACAACGUGUCGAAAGCAUACAAUUCUCACUUGGAUUAUAUCGAAGACAGGGUAAGCCAAGUCAUUACCAAGAUCAAGGUUGGGAACGAUAAAAGAACAAAACCCCUUUUUUUUAUCGCUUCGAAUACACCGCAUUGGUCAACCCAUACAUUCAACAACUUACUUGUACCUCUUUUCUUCCUCUUGAUAUCGUGGCAAAAAUUAUAUAACAAACAACACACCAGACCGGAGAACUCAAGCACGAUUACGACUCUGCUGGAACCGGUGGGAAUAGAUUUGCAACAAUCCUGUUGUACAUGUCUGAUCUUGGAGAGAACGACGGUGGCGAGACGGUAUUUCCACACGGGAUUCGAUCGCACAUCCCCGAAGAAGAACGCAUCACGAAAGAAGAGGUACGUACCGCAUCGUUGGCGAUGGGGAUGUUGCGUAUACAAUAUUUGAAAACGCUUUCACUGUGUUGCACGACGAAUACAACUCACGUUGCGAAAUGCAAUUUGGCUGUGCUGUGCUGUGCCGUGCUGCGCUUCACGAAACAAAACAAAACAAAUCGCACGCCCACCAGGCUCUGGAACAGCUGAGGGCAUCCGACCAGGGGAGCGUGCUGGAGCCCGGUUCCUGGGAAGAAAGCCUGGUGGCGGUGUGCCGGUCGAAACUGUCGGUCCGCCCCCAUUCCUCCCGUGCGGUCCUGUUCUACAGCCAGCAUCCCAACGGAUCCGUGGACAAGAACUCGCUGCACGGUGCGUGUCCGGUGCUGAACGACCAAAAGUACGCCGCAAACCUGUGGGUCUGGAACACCCCCCGGGACGGCUUUGCCGGAUCCCCCAUCAAGAAAAAGUUUCGGAACAACGGGGCUUCGGUGGCCGCCAAAAACCUCAAAAUCACCGGCGUCUUCUCCAAUUCCGGGACGGACCCAAGGAUGGACCGUGCAGAACUCUUCUACCGGGACCAGUUCUGGGGCAAGCUCGGAAAGGGUGACCCGGUUCUCAAAGUCAACACGUACCAGGGCCAUGUGUGGAACGUCAAGGUGGACGGGAACAUCGUAAAGACCUGGGAGAUCAGUGAGGAAAACGGGGAGAAGCAGGAAAUGACCGUGUAAACGGCACCUCUUCUGGCAAGGAUAGACAAAUGGAUUCCAUCAAUAUUCGGGCAAUUCAAGGUGGACGGGAACAUCGUAAAGACCUGGGAGAUUAGUGAAGAAAACGGGGAGAAGCAGGAAAUGACCGUGUAAACGGCACCUCUUCUGGCAGGGAUAGACGAAUGGAUUCCAUCAAUAUUCGGGCCAUGCAUUCCUUGUUGUGUCAAACGAGACCCUAUUUUGCGUGCACUUCGUAGUAGUAUUUCGUGGCAUGUCACAGUUUAUUGAAUCGAUCUUUUCGUGAAGAACUUUUUGUCUACAGUAAUAAUCUUACGAAUAGAAG